AUGGGGCUUGAAAAGAUACUUUCGAUAUCAGAUCUUGAAUCUGCAGGGUCUAGGAAGCUCCCUAUAUCAACUAGAGAUUUCUUCAACUCUGGUGCAACAACCCAAGUGACAGUUCGCGAGAACUCAACUGCGUACCAAAAGUAUCGAAUUCUCCCCCGAGUUCUGAAAGAUGUGUCCAAUGUGAGCACUAAGAUCCCUCUGUUUGGUCGGGACAUCGCCUUCCCACUUUGUGUCUCGCCCGCUGGGCUACAGGCAAUGGCACACCCAGACGGCGAACUAGCGACAAGCAGAGCAUGUGCUAAGUACGGCGUCAAUAUGGGUAUCUCUUCCUAUGCCAAUCACACGGUGGAACAGAUCACCGCCGCCGGAAAGGCGAUAGGACCCAUUCAUCACGUCAUGCAGCUCUACUCAAUGAAGGAUCGCGAGAAGGAGGAACAAGUCGUUCGUCGUGCUGAGGCUGCUGGUUGCAAGGCUAUUUUUCUGACGGCUGACAGUCCCGUGCUGGGCGUACGGUAUAACGAAUGGCGGAGCGGGUUUCUGCCUCCGGCUGGCCUGGCGUAUCCAAUGAUGGGAAAAACAUCAGAGCAGAUUCAGCAACAGUCGCACGAUGAUGGGUUCAGUUCGUUCAAUAACGAUUCGCAUUCUUGGGCUGUGGAGAUUCCAUGGUUGCGCAGUAUUACUAAGAUGGAAAUCUGGAUUAAGGGUGUGUUGACGCCUGAAGAUGUGGAGACGGCUAUUGAGUAUGGAUGUGAGGGUGUGAUUAUCAGUAAUCAUGGUGGACGACAGCUUGAUGAGACGCCGGCAACCAUUGAUGUCCUUCCGGAUUGUGCGAAGGCUGCUCGAGGCCGAAUCCGCAUUCACAUCGAUGGAGGCAUUCGGUCAGGUACCGAUAUGUUCAAGGCUUUGGCUUUGGGUGCUGAAUGUUGCUGGGUUGGUCGUCCGAUGCUUUGGGGACUAGCAUAUAAUGGACAAGAGGGAGUGGAAUUGAUGCUCGACAUCCUCUAUCAAGAAUUCAAACGGUGCAUGCAGCUGGCGGGUUGUAAGUCCAUAUCUGAGAUCAGCGCUUCAAGCCUUGGUAUUUUCCGUUCAGAUGCUCCACUGGCAAGACUUUAA